AUGAUAACUAGAAGCAAACAUGGCAUUUUCAAACCAAAAAGCUAUGAAGUCACUACUCCAACUCAAAAGUUGCAUGAUACUUUCAAGGAACCCAAAACCAUCAAAGAGGCUUUAGCCAUUCCUAACUGGAAACAAGCUAUGGAUCAAGAAUAUAAUGCUCUAAUUCACAAUAAGACUUGGGUUCUGACUAAUCUACCUGCAGGAGCUAACUUGGUUGGCUGUAAGUGGAUCUUCAAAGUCAAAACAAAUGCUGAUGGCACCAUUAAUAGGCACAAAGCACGGCUUGUGGCUAAAGGCUUCAAUCAACAAAGUGGUUUGGACUUUACUGAAAUGUUUAGUCCUGUUGUUAAACUUGUUACUAUAAGAACUGUUUUAACUAUUGCAUUAUCAUUAAAUUGGAGUUUAAGACAAAUUGAUAUUGCUAAUGCUUUUCUUAAUGGAGAUUUACAGGAGACUAUAUAUAUGACACAACCUCCUGGAUUUACAAAUGGAGACAAGAAUAUGGAUUACUACUAG